AUGAAAGCUAUCGAAUCAAGUAUACCCUAUAAGGAACUCAAAAGUAUCCCACAAAUAAAUUUAUCAAAAAGAUUGAAGUUAAAUAAUAUAUUUAGUGAGGUUGCUCCUGAAAUCAAAAAUGUCCAAAAUGAUAUUAUAUCUAUACAUUCAAUAAUUCAAAAAGAUAUAGAAAUGGAAUCUAAUCAAAUUAAUACUGUUGAAUCACAAUUGAAAGAAUCUCUCAAAAAAAUCCGCAGUUUAUAUAGAAGGACAAACGAGCAUAGAAGCUGCUCAGAUGAUGCAACCUUCAAACCAAAUAAAUUUUUCCAAAAGGUUGAAAAUUUAGAGAAAACUGUUGAUUCACUAGAUUCUGAUAUACAUAAAAUUAUAGAAAAUUUGCUAAACAUAGAUUUAAAAUUGUCAACAAAAUCUAAAACGCUAACUAAAGACAGUAUUAAUAACCAACACUAUCCGUUGUUAUUUGAAAUAAUAGAAAAAAAUUAUGCCCAACAUCUGGAAUUAUCUGGAAUUUCUUCUAUGCUUCAUCUGGGGGAAGCUAAUUCAGUUGUUCAAAAUAACGAGCUUCGUUUGGCCCAAGAAGAAACUAUCGAUGAUAGUAAACUUACAAAAUUAAAAUUAGAAGAUGUCGAACCAACAUUUAGUUUGCAGUCGAAUGAAAUAGAUAAUGAUAAAUCUAACUCUAUUCAUUUAGACCUUUCUAAAAACCAUAAUAAAAAUGGAUCUGAUGGAGUUGAUGAUAGAAAUAGUUCCCAUGAAGAUAUGGAUAAAAAGAAUAGUUCGAGUAGCGUGCAUGCAUUAAAAUAUACCACAUACAUUGAUAGAAAAAACCAUGAGAACGAUGUAGAGCAUACAUCUAUUAAUGACCAUAAAAAUAACGAAAUAUCCAAGCAAGUUUCAGAUAAAAUAGGUUCACUUAUCUUAGAACACCAGGAUAGAACAUUUACAAAAACUAAUGCUAUAAAAAACAAUCAAAACCUUUUUAUACCCCAUGGACUCAAAAAUGCCAAACCUUCUACUGCUGUUACUUUUGAAACUGUAGAACAUCUGAAAUUUUAA